AUGGCCGCUGCUACUGAAAGUGCGAGGAUCCAUCCCAUCGAAACCUCGGAAUCGUCAAUGGGUGCGAGGACCAUUCCUAUCAUCGCACCGACCAUCCAAAUGUCUACACCAUCACCAGGGGAGCCCAUGGAGAUCACGACGCCGACGGGCUCGUCCGCCCCGGCCUCGGCCACCAAGAGCCCGGACCGCGACGUCAAGAUCAACGGGGCCACCAACGACCGACUGCAGCCACCCGCUCCGCAGCACGAACAACCGUCCCACGAUAACACCAUGCCAGCACCAGCGGUGACAACCCCGGCCGUCCACCAGCCGAAGGUCCAGACGGCCUUCAUCCACAAGUUGUGGAGUGACGUCUUUGCCCACGGAACCCCCGACUCGACCAUGUGGGAGUUCAAGCAUGGGAACGGCAACUUCAAGCGGGGAGACAUGAUUGGGUUGCGCGAGAUCAGGCGCCGAGCCUCUCGCCACGCGCUAGUUCACAGGGAGUACAACAACCCACGGGCGCCGCCGUCGCAACCCGGGACGCCCUCGGAACCCGUGCCGCCCACGCACGAAGUGUCGAACCCGAAGCUGAGCAGUAUCGAGCACACCCUUUAUGAUCUGAGCGCGAGGCUGCAGCGCCAUGAGGAGAACGCCCAGUUCAUGCAAGUCAAGCACGAGGUCAUGAUGGACACAGUGGCCCGCUUGCUGCAAUAUAACCAAGACUUGUCGCGCGCGGUCCUGGCCCUUACCCCCGGCCCCGACAACCCGAUAUAUCGGGACGUGUCGGUCUUGCAGUCGGAUGUCCAGCGGCAGAUGGAUGUGUUCCGCACUCUGGAGCAGCCCCAGGAACCCGUCUUUGCCAGUACCCGCCCGUACUUCGCCAACGUGGAGAACGCUCCCGUGUCGCCGCGGCAAUUACCCCAAGACGACCCCCGCAGAUCCAAUCUCGCGGUUCCCCAGCCACGGCAAUCCAAUUACUACCGCCCGUCGGUACCUUCGAAUCUGUCGAUCAGCACCCGCCGCCCAUAUGGAUCAAUAGGCGGUAACAGCACGCAAUCCUCGCCAUCAUCGAUCCGCGUCCAGCCGCCGCCGCCGCCGCCGCCCGGACCGCAUCCCUUGGCAAACGUCGAGCUGCCCCCUGGUAGCCUCGCGCGGCGGCACACGUCGGCCGACAUUCGGGCUCACGGGUGGCAGCCGAACCCGCCUCCGUUUGCAUCCGGCCCUCCGUCGUCCCAGUGGCCGUCGUCGCCCAGCCGCCUCGCACCCGGCGACGACCAGCGCAUCCGCGAUUCGUUCUCUCAUUAUUCGCUCCAGCCAGCCUCGCAGCCCCACUCGCGCCCGGCAACGCCCCCUCUGCCGCAUCUGUCCAACGGCGGUCCCCCCCCUGCGGUGGACACGUUUGGGAGCUGGUCAUGGAACUCAGCAAACCGCAGCGACAACAGGAACCUGAUGGUCAAGGACCACUCGGCGCCGCCUACGCGGAGGGGCAGCAUGGCCCACAUUCUCAACCCGACCGAUACGGCCGAGCGAGCGGACGAAGACGGACAGGAUCCCAGGGGAGAUGACGACCGGAAGAGGAAGAGGUUGCAGUAA